UCAGCGCUUCAUGAUCCUUGCGCCUAUUCUGCGCUUGCGCCUUACAUCCAUCCUGCGCCCAUUCUCUCUCCCUAGUGAUCACGUGACGCGGCCGCUUCGCCCUCUGCCGGGAGUUGUCCCUCUCUGCAGCCCGUAGGUGGUUCGUAUCUCGGCGGGAAAGUUCCCCGGAGCCUGGUGACAGCGGAGAUGGCGGAAGAUGAGGAGCGGAGAGUGAACCGGAUGCAGCGUUUGAAGGCGGCCGUUCACUACACAGUGGGGGGUCUGUGCCAGGAUGUGGCAGAAGAUCAGGAGGUUCAGUACAGUAAACAGGCCAUUGCUGCGAUUUCAGAAAUCGCCUUCCGACAGUGUGAAACGUUUGCAAAAGACCUUGAGCUGUUUGCACGGCACGGGAAAAGAUCCACAAUUAACGUGGACGACGUGAAACUUCUUUCCCGAAGGAGUCGAUCGCUGCAUACUCACAUCAGUGCAUACAGUGAAGAAAUUGCUUCCAACAACCAGGAGCAGAAAGGGAAGAAGAAAAAAAAGAAAUCGGUCGGUGCUGGGAAGGGAAAGCGGCCGUCGGAUGGCGAUUCCAUGGUGCCGGACUCUGAAGGCCAGGCAAUUGAGUGAAGACGUUGCAUCAUUCAGAUAUUUUAUUUCUGGCUGAUACUCGGAAUAUCCCCAGGGAAAGAUCUAAACGGACUUUACUUGCUGAACUUUUAUGUAAAUAUUAGUGAAAGUAUUAUAUAGUAACAGGUAUUUAUUACUGGUUAUAAAUGUAUGUGUACCGCCAUCACAUAAAGUGAUUUAUCUCGGAUAAAACUAUAAAGAAUACACGCACCUUUACAAUAAUAAAGAGGUUCUUUGCUCUU